AUGACAACAAAAAAAAUUCUGUUCGUAUUGACAUCUCAUGAUAAAUUACUUAAUGGUCAUCCAACAGGAUGGUAUUUACCAGAAGCUGCUCAUCCAUAUUAUGUAUUAGAAGCUCAUUUUACAAUUGAAUGGGCAAGUCCAAAAGGAGGAAAAGCUCCAUUAGAUCCAUCAUCUAUUGAAAAUUUUAAAAAUGAUAAUCAAUGUAAACAAUUUUUAUCUGAUACAAAAGCAAAACAAGGUUAUGAAAAUACAAAAACAUUAAAUGAAAUAAAUGUUAAUGAUUAUGCUGCUUUAGUUUAUGUUGGUGGUCAUGGACCUUGUUUUGAUUUACCUGAAGAUAAAACAAAUAUUAAAUUAGCUGAACAAUUUUGGAAACAAGGAAAAAUUCUUUCGGCUAUUUGUCAUGGACCUGCUGCUUUAGUUAAUGUAAAAGAUGAAAAUGGUAAAUCAAUAUUUAGUGGACGAAAAGCAACAUCAUUUAGUAAUGAAGAAGAAGAACAAGUUAAAUUAACAGAUGCUAUUCCUUUUCUUGUUGAAACACGUAUUAAACAACUUGGAGGAAAUUAUGAAAAAAAUGAUAAACCAUGGGGACCUCAUGUUACUAUUGAUGGACAACUUAUUCUUGGAGCAAAUCCAGCAUCUGCACAUGAUUUUGGCUUGGCUAUACUUAAUGCUGUUAACAAAAAAUAA